GGUGUCCGUGUUCCCGUGUGGGGCAGGGAGAGCUGGUUCGAGGCGAACCAUGGGGCGGCCCUGCAAUGUGUGGGGCUGGCGGCGGGGGCGGGGCCCGAGCCCGCGCUGCAGCUCAGGGUGACGGCGCUGCUCAGCCACCGGCUCUGCGAGAAGCUCUCGCAGCGAUUGGCCGAGCCGGGGGGGGCGGGGCUGAGCCCGGACAAGAUGGCGGCCGUGAUGGGCGGGCAGAUCCCGAAUUUCCCGGGGCUGAGCCCCCCCGAGAACCAGCACCUGGGCGGGGCCCUGCGGAGGAUCGAUGACAUCACCAAGGCCGCGGUGUCGGGCGGGAUCCGGGUGCUGGUGGACGCGGAACAGUCUCACCUGAACCCGGCGCUCACCUGCGUCACCCUGGGGCUCAUGUGGCGCCACAACCGCCAGGGGGCGCUGCCCUGGGUCUGGAACACCUACCAGGCCUACCUGCAGGACGCGGAGCAGCGUCUCCGGGCUGACUCCGCCCUCUGCGCCGGGCUGGGCGUGGCCUUCGGGGUGAAGUUGGUGCGCGGGGCUUACCUGGAGUACGAGAGGGCCCGAGCGGCCGCCGGGGGGCGCCAACCCCCCACCUGGGGCUCACCUGAGCUCACCUCGGACAGUUACCGUCGGUGCCUGGAUUUGUUCCUCCCCCAGUUGUCCCUCCCCGGGUCCCGUUUCGGCCUCGUCGUGGCCUCUCACAACGAGUCCUCGGUGCUCCACGCCGCCCACAGGAUUGAGGAGCUUUCCCUCCCCCGCUCCGGAGGCUCCGUUUGCUUCGCGCAGCUCCUGGGGAUGGGAGAGCACAUUUCAUUGGCUCUGGGUAACCAGGAAUGACCCCAAUGACCCCUGAGUGACCCCUGAGUGACCCCUGAGUGACCCUGAGUGACCAACCCCAAAUUAUCCCUGAGUGACCCCUGAGUGACCCCUGAGUGACCCCUGAGUGACCCCUCAGCUCCUGGGGAU